GAUCUCGAUACUAUACAGCAUGGAGUUACUUUUCCAGAUUUUGUUUUCUCCUCUGCCCUCCUCGGCUAUUUUUUCCUUGUUUGCCCUCGGCGCUGCAGUCCUGGUCUAUUUAAACACAAGACCCAAAGCCCUGCGUUCUGCGGUGGAUCUUAAUUGCCAGACCAUAGGAAUUAAGAAUGGUGCAAGGAGGUGUGCCCUGAUGGAGGAUGACAACUUGAUAUCAUAUUACUAUGAUGAUGCCAAAACUCUAUAUGAAGUAUUUCAGAGGGGACUUCAAGUAUCAGGUAAUGGACCAUGUCUGGGAUUCAGGAAGCCAGGGCAGCCCUACGAGUGGCUGAAAUACAAACAGGUGAUUAACCGGGCGGAGCACUUGGGAUCAGGGUUGCUUCAUAGGGGCCUGAAGCCAACCCCAGACACCUUUAUUGGCAUCUUUGCUCAGAACAGACCAGAGUGGAUUAUUAGUGAGCUAGCUUGCUACACUUAUUCUAUGGUGGCAGUACCUUUGUACGACACUCUGGGAUCUGAAGCUCUUGAGUACAUUAUCAAAACAGCGGUAAUCUCCACAGUGCUAUGCGACAAACAGGACAAAGCUGAGACACUUUUGGAAAACUGUGAGGAUGGCAAAAUUUCUGUGCUCAAAACUAUCAUCCUUAUGGACUCUUUUGGCCAUGAAUUAACUGUAAGAGGAGUUAAAUGUGGCGUUGACAUCUUACAACUGAAGGAUAUUGAGGCCCUGGGAAAAGACAAUCCACAAAAGCCAGUUUUACCAAAGCCAGAAGAUCUCAGUAUAAUAUGUUUCACCAGCGGCACUACAGGCAACCCAAAAGGAGCUAUGCUCACUCAUGAGAAUGUGAUUGCUGAUGCAGCCGGUGUGCUGAAAAGCUUUGAGAGCUCUUUUGCUGCUAAUCCUCAUGAUGUCAGCAUCUCAUUCCUGCCUCUUGCACACAUGUUUGAGAGGGUCGUUCAGACUGUGAUGUAUGGUGCUGGAGCCAAGGUAGGCUUUUUCCAAGGUGAUAUAAGACUCCUCCCAGAUGAUAUGAAAACGCUACGGCCCACCAUUAUCCCUGUAGUGCCUCGACUUCUCAACCGGGUCUAUGACAAGGUACAAAGUGGAGCACAGACUCCCUUCAAGAAAUGGUUGUUGAACUUUGCAGUCAACAGGAAGCAUGCUGAAGUGAUGCAGGGUAUCAUUCGAAAUGACAGCAUAUGGGACAAGUUAAUCUUUCACAAAGUUCAGGAAUCAUUUGGCGGACGAGUGCGUGUGAUGGUGACAGGAGCAGCGCCCAUUUCUCACUCCGUCCUUAACUUCCUUAGGGCGUCACUUGGCUGUCAGAUUUUCGAGGCAUAUGGCCAGACAGAGUGCACUGCAGCCUGCAGCUUUACCAUGCCAGGGGAUGCCACAUCUGGGCAUGUUGGUGUACCUGUUCCUUGCAACAUUGUAAAACUGGUUGACGUUGAGGAGAUGAACUACUUUUCUUCAAAUGGUGAAGGCGAGGUCUGCAUAAAAGGUAAAAACGUGUUCAAGGGCUAUCUUAAAGAUCCAGAAAAGACAGCAGAAGCCUUAGAUGAAGAUGGUUGGCUACACACUGGAGAUAUUGGCAAAUGGUUGCCGAGUGGAGUUUUGAAGAUCAUUGACCGCAAGAAAAAUAUCUUUAAGCUGGCACAAGGAGAAUAUAUUGCCCCGGAAAAGAUUGAGAAUGUUUACAUUCGCAGUGCACCUGUGGCCCAACUGUUUGUACAUGGAGACAGUCUACAGUCUAGUUUAGUAGCCAUUGUAGUCCCUGAUGUGGAGGUCCUGCCUGUCUUCACUCAGACACUGGGAGUACAAGGAUCUUUUGAGGAGCUGUGCAAAAGCUCUGAAGUCAAAAAGGCUAUUCUCUCAGACAUGGUUAGAUUAGGCAGAGAAGCUGGGCUGAAGUCAUUUGAACAGGUAAAGGACCUACACCUCCAUUCUGAGCUUUUCACCAUUGAGAAUGGCCUACUCACUCCAACGCUGAAGGCCAAGAGGGCGGAACUUAAGUCUUUCUUCCAAUCACAAAUAGACAUGCUUUAUGCCAAGAUCCAAUUACAGGCUUGAAAGGGGCAAAGUACAAGCAUAACCAACUUUGCUUCUAGUGAGCAUUUGACCUCUCCACCCAAGAACCUUUCACUAUCUCAUAUGUAUAGAUAAAUGAUUAAUCUAGUACAUUGCCUUCCCAAGUAGGAGGCCAAUUGAAUGGUAGACUCCUUAAUUCAACAAAUAAAAAAAACAUCCAGAAUCUUCACUCGAUUAUUCACCAGUGUCUGAAUACAUAUUGCAUUUACUCUUCAGACCAGCUCUCCAUGUGCUGUGGAUCAAAUGGGUUGUUUUGACAGUGAGUUGCAUUCAAGGUUUGUACAGGAAUGGUAGUCCAAAGAAAUAGACGACAAUGUUAAAAAACAAAAAUGACUUUGUGGAAGUGUGAGGCUGCUUCCCAAAAUGGUAGUUUCACUGGAAAAUGUGAUAAACAGCAUGAACAUGAUUUUGUUUUAAUGGUGAAAUGAAUUGUAACCAAUGCAAAAAAAAUCUGAGAAUUUUGUUUAAUUUCGAUUAAAUUCAUACUUUGAGGGUAACGGUUUUACAAAAAUAAAAUGAAUGUUUUAAAUGAAAGCAUUUUCUUUCGUACUUUGAAGACAAAUUGCAUGACAAAGCCCUAGGUUAAUCUGGGCUGGAGGCAUUGCAUAAUCAGCAUUAAAGGACAUAAACAAAAAUAAAAAGUUCCAGAUUCAAAUGAUCUCGUAAACAAAGUUGCAAAUGAGCUUUGUGUUGUUACUCAUACAACUAAGACUUAUUUUUAAGUUCUUUCUGACAGGGAUCAAACUAUACUCUUGAAGGUAUGACAGUGUUUUCUGCAGAUUGUACCAUUGUAAAAUGUAGUUGUAGUGCUUGCUAAAAUGCGUUUAAGUCAAUACUUUAAGAAAAUAAAAUUUGGUUCAAACCUGACACGUGUUCAAUUCCAAUUUGAAAAGCAACCAAAUACCUUACGUUAGUAGGAUCUGACUAUAAAUGAGAGAUAUAGACACUGAUCGUUUCAUGUUGAGAUGCCACCCAGCCACAAAUCUGUGUUAUUUGUGAUGAUCAUCACACCUUGCUUGCUUUUAUUCUAUCCAGACACCAGGGGCCUCAUGUAUAAAGGAUUGCGCAGCUUUCAUACCAGAAGAUGGCGUACGGCCAAAACUCGAAAAGUACCUACGCACAGAAAUAUUCACAUGUAUAAAACCGGUCGUAAGCCAGGUCCUGCGCACCUUUCCUUUAUAAAUCACAAUCAACGUGAGAUUGACCGCACGUGAACGAGCCACUGACCCCGCCUUGCCUCCUCCCAUAAAUUAAUAUGCAGAUGGACUAUAAAUGCGCUCCUGAGGUCAUU